CACGUGUAGGUAUUCACAAGUCACGCCCAAGUUCAUUUCACAGUACAAACGGCACGCCGGCACAUAUUGCGUGUCAGAGAGCUGUGCGGAGUCAUCUGUGAAGUCAUCUGAUUCACUUUACACAUUACUGGAUAGAGAGAAUCAUUGUUUCUCAUUAUGAAAUAGUGAAGGAAAGGAAAACCAAGUCUUUCACUUUGAAGACAACUUGAUCAGCUGACAUGGAAGGAAAAGAGGAGAUCAGCGACACUGAUAGCGGGGUUAUUCUGCAUUCUGGUCCUGACAGCCCAACCACAGUGAUGAAGGAUGUAAACACGCACACUCGGGUCAUGAAACUAAAGCAGCAGGAUUUGGAGGACAGGCUGAAGUUGUGCUUACUGGAGCUUAAGAAACUCUGUAUCAGAGAGGCUGAGCUCACAGGGCGUUUGUCUUCUGACUAUCCAUUAUUACCUGGAGAAAAGCCCCCUCAGAUUCGCCGGCGUAUCGGGGCUGCUUUUAAACUACAUGAGCCGAGCAUUUUACAAAGAACUGAGAACCCUGAACUGAGCUCUGUUGAAGCUGGUCUGGCCCUUCAGCAGCAGAUAUUUGUGGCGGCUCAGAGGUUGUGUCAGGAGGAACAUCUCAGCAAGGCUGUAAAGAAGAGCCGCCUGCAGCAGUACCAGCGCGAGGAAAGGAAACUUAAAGAUCUGCAGGAUGCCGUGUUCAGGUUGCGACUGGAGCAAGGCCGUUCCUCACCGCGCCCUGGUGUGAUUGCUCAGAGAGGCACUUCAGAUGAUAGCUCAUUGUCAGACUUGGCUGUGCUCGAUGAGGAGGAGCUGACCAGUCAGUCUUCCCAGCUUUCCUCUGAGCUUCCCGCUCCAACUGCAGACCCUCACCCUUCACCUCGGAUCAACUCUCAUCCCCCUCCUCAAACACCUACAGCUCCCUCCUAUCGGACCCCUGAGGUCAUCCUCCACCAAACCCCGCCGCAGUCACUGGAGAACUUAUACCUAUGCCAGACGCCAAUACAAGAACUUGACCCCGCCCCCAUUCAAAACUCUCCAUGGGCGGAGUCGAGUCUGGACAAGCCUUAUCAGAAACAAAAAAAGUCUCACUCUAGUAGCACCAAAUCCAGUCCUGUUACCCCAACGUUGCCUCCUCUGGAUGUUUGUCUUGUGGAGGCUGGAAUACCGCUGCAGAUACCCACCCAUGCUGCCCUGAGACACACGCAGUCCUGCAGUGCACCCACCACUCCAGAGAUGCAUCUGCGCAGGGGACAAUCCCUCAGAGUUCCCAACACUGAUCCGGAUGGUGGGCCCGGGCACUCGAGAGGUCCCAGGAGACGGUUAACGGAGUUUGCAGUGACAUCACGAGAUUACUCGCCUAUGAGAUUAACUGUAGGAAGCCCAUUGUAUUACUCCAGCUCUGAGGACAGCAAUUCUGAGCAUUCUUUCCAAUCGUACGCCAGCUCACCUUGUCAGGAGUACCCUGGGGAACUACCAUGGCCCUACCAACCCCAGUACAGUUUCCACGUAUCUGACAACCCUGUAUCGCAGAGAUAUUCACCUGUCAGCUUCAACAAGAACUACCAGCCCCCGUCCUCAUCUAGUUAUUCCAGAGGGUACGUAGAUGACGGAUGGGGCCAUCCUUACGAUAUGGACACCGGAAGAGCAUACAUAAGCCAUCAUGCUCCUUCCCCUGUUUAUUCCAAUGGCCACUACGAUUACUGCUAUAAUGAAGCUCCACAUCACCAGCAGAGAAGUUUGAGGGUGUUACCUGCCCACGUGAAACUGUCUCGGGCCCCGUCGUUACGAGACUACCCUCACCACCCGAACAGAGGACUGCCCAGGCAGGUGGUGUCAGAAGAACUGAAAUCAUGGCACCAGCGCAACCAACGCCGAUCGCCUCAACCAUGCUCGCCGGAUCGGAGCAGACAGGGUUCGCCUCGCAUUCGACACGCGCCAGGACAGGAGUCUCCACUUUGCCUUCCCCAGCACCACAUGUUCCAGGAACAGCAGGUACCCCAGAAGCGGCUCAUUAUGAUGGCUCAAGACAUGAGAUAUGAGGAUGACUCUGAGAUUGCCAGCCAGGUGUGACGGUCUGUCCUGAAAUCAUGGGCACCCUUCUAACAAGAGUCCUAUUUAUUCAAUAAUUUAUUGAGCUGAUGGACAAAAUUGAAGACUGUAGAUUUGUAACACCAAUUACAACAUUUAGGGAGAUUGCAAGGAUUCGAUCUCUCUUUUAUCUAUCAAAUGCCGUGUCAAAAAAUACAAUAUGGCAUUUUACUGUGAAUUACGAUGUUUUUAUGUUUUAUAGACUUUUUAUAGAUGUUUUUAUAGAACUUGUGAAGAGUUUUGUACAAUGAACUAAAAUCUAAUUUGAUACUAAGUGUAUUUUUUUGUUCCUUGGUUAGUGUAUGUUGAUACUAAGGCAAAUAAAUAACAUUAAAAACAC